UGUUUUGUUUUGUUUUCCUGAAACCACGUCCUGUUGUCUGUCUAAACAUCAACAAUAACAGGCGUAAAAAGUAUUUACACCUUGUAAAGAAGUGCGACCUCUCGCGGACAAAGAAAAGAACGUGCCAUCAAUACUAUUGUGAAGAACAGAAGAGGUCGAAACCUUUUCAAAAACAUUCAUCCGUUUUUUUUUUGAGACGCUAUUUAUUUUUUAGAAAUACAAUCUCGUGUAGAAAAAAACAUUUCUUUUUCCGUUUCAACUUAUAUUUUGACACAGCACAAGGAUAAAUAAAACUAUUACGCAUUUUCAAACUUCUGUCAAAAUUGGAAUGUCUUGACAUUGUCUGAUAGGCGAUCAAUAAUUUGAUGCGACUCAUCAAUAAACAGAUUGUAUAAUAAACGAUCAUUUAACACUCGUAUUAAUAACACACUAUCACCAUAGCAAUCCCUAAUGUCUUCGUAUAAGACGGAAUGCUGUUAAAGAAGCCAGUUGGAUUGUAAUCAUUUCAACAAGACAUUAUUAACAACAGAAAUAAGUUAUAGAAUUUUUUUUCGAUUAACGUGAAGAUAUUCCGUUGUGGUGGAUAGUGAUAAAAGACAACCCAGAAGAUAUUGAAGAUAAAUUUAAAGUGUAGAGAACAGUGCUUGUCAAGGAAGGAGUGUUUUUAAAACAUGACGAAAGGAUUUUUGGUCAUUCUUUUGAUGUUAACACUAUGUGUUAUCGUGUUCAGUGGAAGGAAAAAAAAAAGAGGACAUGUAAUUAAAGGACAAAAACCUAACAUUAUUUUCGUCAUGGCUGACGAUUUAGAUGUGGUGUUAGGAUCACCAGAAGUGAUGGUGAAAACGAAGAAACUACUUCGGGAUGAGGGCGUGACGUUUAAAAACACAUUCACGACGUCACCUUUAUGUUGUCCGUCACGUUCGUCGAUUUUAACAGGUCGGUAUGCGCAUAAUCAUCACGUGAAUACCAACAAUCAGAAUUGUUCCGGACCAAGCUGGAUCGAUGGACCGGAGAAACAAACAUUUGGAAAACUAAUGCAAGAUGCCGGCUACCGAACAGGUUAUUUUGGAAAAUAUCUUAACAACUACAACGGAGAGCGUGUUCCUCCUGGGUGGGAUCACUGGCAUGGUUUGAUACGAAACAGCAAGUACUACAACUACAUGGUAAAUGUCAACAGCAAAAUUUUACGGCACCGAGGAGAUUAUAAAAAAGAUUAUUCGACAAAAAUAUUCACUAAAGCUAGCAUUGAUUUUUUCAAGCAACAUAAAGGCAACAGAAAUGUAGUGUCCAAGCCUCUUUUUAUGGUGCUCUCACUGGCUGCCCCACAUGGUCCGGAGGAUUCCGCGCCACAAUACCAAGACCGUUUUCUUAAUAUUACGGCACCGAGGUCUCCUAAUUAUAACUACACAUCGUUGGAUAAACAUUGGAUUAUUCGAAAAACUCCACCGUUGACACCUUUGCUGGCCAAUUUCACAGAUGCUCUCCACCGCAAACGUUUACAAACCUUGCUCUCGGUCGAUGAUGCUAUUGAGAGGUUAUACAAAAUGCUGUCAAAUACGGGUCAGCUGGAUAAUACUUACCUUAUGUUUACGUCUGACCACGGCUAUCACCUUGGUCAAUUUAACCAAGUUAAAGGGAAAGCACAACCAUAUGAGGCAGAUAUAAGAAUUCCAUUUUAUAUUCGGGGACCAAACAUCCCAAAAGGUGUCGAGGUUGCUGAAAUAGCGCUAAAUAUUGAUUUUCUUCCAACCUUUUUGGAUAUAGCACAUGCAAAACCUCCUAAAUAUGUGGAUGGUACCAGUAUUAUGGAUAUUGCGGUUGGGGGAGUUAUUAACCGAAAAAAAAGAAAAAUCUUAAAACCCAUUUGGAAAGACACGUUUUUGGUUGAAAGAGGGAAGAUGAAGACAACCACUGUAGCUAAAAGGAGUGAUCUUGUUGAAAGACUUUUGUUUCCAACAGAAAGAAAAAUAAAUAAGAUGUGUUCAAGUAGACAUUAUCCAAAACCACCAUGCACAAGCGAUAAAAAAUUUACAUGCCAUGCAAAGAACGGAUCGUGGUACUUACAAAGUUGUGCUGUCGACAAAAGUAGACCGUCUACCAGUUGUUAUUGUACGGUGCAAAUAUCAGAUUCUGUUAACACAGAAAACAGCGAACCGGAUGUUGACGAAACUAGCAUGUUGCUGAUGGCGUUGGAAAAACAAUUUGAGCGUCUGAAGAGAAGAAUUAAGAGACAUGGAAUUCGAGGUUUAGAAAAAAAUAGUAAGGACAGAACAUCUCAAAAUGAACAAAGAAAUUCCACAUCUUCAGUUUCGAUAAGUAAAGGCAGCGGGAAAGAAGAUGCAUUAAAUCGAAAAAUCGCUCGAGGUUUAAGAAAAAUCGACAUCUGGAGAAGAGAACGUCUACGCAUUUCAAGGAAUAGAGCUAUGAAGCGCAAAUUAUCGGAAUCUUUAACAAAAACAGUUCGAAAAGUCGCACAAAAUUCGACACGCGUCUGUCGAUGCGAAAAGAAGGCUUCACAAAAACCUUCCAAGAAAAAACGCGGCCGAGAUAUGAAUUGUUUCUUUUUUGAUAGAAAUCACUGGAAGGUUCCGCCAUUUUGGACUGGUCCGUCAUUUACAGCUUGUACGAAUUCUCCAAACAGUAGCUACUGGUGCCUCCGAACUUUGAACAGCACACACGACUUUUUGUAUUGCGAAUUUGUAACAGGUUUUAAAGAAUACUUCAAUAUUACUGCAGACCCUUUCCAACUGCGUAAUAUUGCACCAUUAUUAAAGAAAGGUGAACUUGAUCAAUUGCAUAUCAAACUUACUUACAUGAAGUCGUGCCAGGGAUCACGUGGUUGCUUCUUAAGAGCAAGUGAAAGUUUGAUUGAUAGAAAGGUCACUCUAAAGAAAUUGAAGAGAUAUGAACGAAAGAAAAGGCAUGGCAUCUUAGUGCGAGAAAGCGAAUUCUAGCAGCCUUCGGUAGAUGAAAAAAGAUUUAGAAGAGCUUUUGUUAUCUAAACAACUAAGUUCAUAGGUUGUGAGAGAAACCUUUAAAAAUCUCAUUGUGCAGAUAUCAUUCUAAAAACAUUUCGCAUAUGGAGGAAACAGGACAGUAUUCAAUCUUACACACGUGCGUAUUUUAAAAAGAGAUUUAUCAGUGAAUAUCUACGUGUUUAAACUCAUCGCCUAUAUUUGUCAUAUCCAUAUUUUAACGAAUUUUAUUUCAGCAUUGUGUAGUCUAGCAAUCCUGCUAGUCAACCAUACUUUUUUUCAAAUCCAGCAUGCGAGUUGGUAAAAGAAAGUCAGCUAAAACAUAUUUUAAACAAGUGACUAUUAAUUCUGUAAUUAUAAAUUAACGAUCUUUUUUGCAGACUUUUUUUUACUUUCAGAUAAAAAUCAACGUAUUUUACUAACCUGGGAUAGACAUCAAAAGAGAUUGGAUUUAAUAAUUUCAAAUUUAAAUUAAAUCGUUUUAGUAUUUAUUUUAUUUAUUUGUUGAAUAUAAUAGCUAACCACUUUUUUUUCUAUUAUUGUUCUUUGUUUUUAUUUUAUAUUUUUAACUUGAAAAUAGUUGUAAAAUAAUUUCGCGUUUUUUUUUCUUUUUCUGUACUUCACUGUUUUGUUUUAAUGUGUUGGCUCGCGUUAAAUUUUUGAAAUAGGUAUAAUACACCGAAACGCGGGAAAGCGAAAGCGAUAUUUCAUCCCUGUCAUAUUCUUAGGUGAAUCAUCGAAGAAAAAAAUCAAGUAACAACAUAAAAAUUUUUUGUCGCAGUUAGAUUUUUUUUUGUGAUUCUUUUAUUAUAAAAUUUAUGUGAGUAAGUUAUUGUAUAAAUUUUUUUAAAAAGUAAAGAAU